AUGUCGAUACCUCAGCUCGACGAGCAAUUCUUGCCUCGCCUUCUCGCGAUAUUCUAUGCAACGUUUCAUCCUACCGAAGGGCCAAAAGUCAUCUAUCAGGUACCGGAGGGAUCCAUUACCGAGGAAAAGGCGUCUUCAAAACCGGAAGCAACUUCCUCCGCUGCAGCGUCCGGGCACCCGCAACCGACACCGACGGCAACAGCAGAGCCUCUCUUUGACUUUUCCGCGCUUUCCGAAUACUUGAUCCCGAAAGCCCCUCUGUGCGGAAGGCUCGUCACCUCGAUCGCUCGUGGCAAAGCCACCGUUAAUCAGAGGCAUCAUGAACGUCCUUCUCGGGCGCCGUCCGUGGUUCCAGGGCGUUCCGCUUCCGCGAGGUCUGGGGGCUCCUCCAGAGCUUCCUCAGUGAGACCGAGAGGCGCUCAAGAUGGCAAUCCGUCGGACAAGCAGCAGCUGGAGCAGCGGACCUACAAGAUAAUGGGCUUCCCAACGCUUAUUGAAGAUGCUUCCAAGUAUCAGAGAAACAACUUUAUCUUCAAUCUCUGCUUCGUCUUUGAAGGAGAGACGGACAUUCGACCAUACGAACCGGUCGUCAGAAAGUGCGGUCGAGUCCUUCGCGGGCUCGAAGAGACACAGUCGUUCCUGUCGAGCCCCAAGAGCCUGCCACGCAUGUACGGAGUCAUCGAGCAGCUUUUUGAAGAUCUCAGCUCGUACCAUGAAAGUUUCGUCGCGCUACCCGAGGCGCCGCAUACGUCCUAUCUCAAGCUUUCCUCCAAACCAAACAGUCCAGAGGCGAACAACCUCAUAUCCGCAGCUAUCGGUCCGGACGACUUCAUCUCUCUAGGCGCAAGUUUCGCUUCCUUACGCGGCGAGCAUCAUCGCAACAUCAUCAACGAAAAGCUCAGGCUCAAGCAGAUGCAGCAAGCACAGCUCUCGAAUACUCGACCAGCAUCUUCCGUAGGCUCGACACGUGCGAGUCCCACUCACCACCAGGCGCCGAGCGACCACGGCGAUGUCGGGGGCGCACGAUCUCGGUCGGGAUCUGCUUCGUCGCCCUCGGAACUCGGCAGGAUUCUGACGCCGCUCACGACAAUUCGCAAUCAAGCUAAUCCCAUGCUGCGUAGCAGCAGCGCUUCCGGAAUCAGUGGCCCGGGCUCAGAGGGACCUAACUCUCCUGUCUCUGCACUGUCUCCGAGCGGCCCAGAGGGGCGCAGACCGAGUCUGGCAAGAUCGUCCACCAUUCUAGGUCUCAGUGACGACGCUGCACCGGGCGCCUUUCCAUCGGAAGAGAGUCGCGACAACGCGAUGGGCAUCGUCAGCUCGAGAAGGCAAAGUGAUGUGAGCCGCGACCUCAGUGCUGCCGAAAGCCUUGGUAAUGUCCUGACCAAUCAUGACAGCGGCGCGUACGAUAGUAUCAACACAGCAGCAGGCACGCAACGCUCAAGUCGCGGCAGUCCAGUCCUCGGUGGACAAGAUGCCGAGAACGAAUCGACGCUGCUUGAGCACCUCACCGAGAGUAUCGUCUCGCUGAGGACGAUCGACGCUGCCCUCUCCAACUCCGUCAACGCGCUACGCACAGAGACCGGCGACGCAACGAGACGCACGGCGCUUGUCGAGAAGCGCGAACCACCUCACGGCCUUGGUCGCACUGUCCGCGAUGCCAUCAAUCUCAAGCUCUUUCCGGUCUUUCCCAACCCGACACCGAUCAACGACUGGGAUGUUCCUGUAGCGCUGCUGGAUCUUCUGUCACGCGUGGAUGGCAACUGGGAUCUGACUAUGCGACGGAUCUUGCCUUUCAUCGAUGGAGUCAACCACGUCAAGCGCAUCGCUCAGCUCGCCGAUGCCGAUCUCGGCCUCACACGAGCGUGUCUCGAGCAUCUCAUGUUCUACGGCUGCAUAAUUGUCGUCGAGAUCUUUCAGUACUUCAACAUGUACACGGUGCGACCUGCGAUAGCCAAGAUCGCAGACGACCAGGCGCUCGGUCGCGAAUGCGCAAACUACGUCACGAGACCUGGGUUUUCGAGCCGAAGCUAUCCGGAGCUUCUUCGGCUGUAUUCGCUGCUCCGAGCUGGCACAACGCUGCACGAUUGGAUCGAAGACAAUGACAUUGACUCAAAGGGGAUCGAUGUGCGUCGCUUCGUCUCCUUUGGUGUAAUACAGGGCUUCUUGCGACGAGUACAUCGAUAUCCGAUCUAUCUUGGGUUACGUGCAGGCGAUGACGGGGUGUCGGCGUUCGAUACGUCGUUGGUCAGCACCGUGCGCAACUCGCCAGUGAUCAAUUCACCAGCGAUCAAGUCGAACGACUCCAACUUUCGACGUGCAGAGACGAGCGAUCAGCAUCGACGGGAGCAGAGCGGCAGUCGCGAGCCGCGGGAUCGACGACCGCGCGAGCUUUCGGGGAUGAGCGGAGCCUACAGUGCUUUCCAACGCAUCGGCCGGGAUGGUAGUGUCGAUAGCCCAGGAGUCGGGACGCGCACACCACCGACGCGAAGAGGAGCCUCAGAGGCGCGACUGAGCGACGUGGUUCUGGCAGGUGCCGGUGCGGCCAAUGCCAGCGCUUUCCAAAUGGGCGACUCGUCCAACACGGCCAGCGGCGGAGGCGGAAGUCAAUUCAGCACGUCGCCUGCCAAACGACAAGCUCGCAUGCGACAGCGACCUGGCUAUCGUCAAGCGACAACCACGGCGGUAGAUGUAGCUGCUGUGGCAUUCCAAGCGGAAUGGCCAGCGCAGACGGCGACAACAUCUGGUCCUCAAGCACGGUCUCCACGCAAACGUGCAAGUGCCAUCGGUUUGAGCACUGCCAUCCCCAGCACGACGACAGCUGGAGCUACACCCUCAGCUGGAGUCUCCGGUAUCGCGACGGCCAGCGGCGGCGCUCACACCCACCCUCGUUCAGCCGUCACGGUAAUUCCACCGGAACUCAUCGACAUGCUAGACGGAACACACAGCGACGACGAGAUCUGCGUCCACUUUUCCAUCUCGUGGCCCGACCUCGAAAAGAUGCUCAUACAAAUCGGGCUCUCACCAAACAACCGCAUAGAUCCGAACGAUACGGAUGAAGAGGACAUUGCUCAUUCAUAUGCGAGCGCGUCCACUAUAGGCAAGACGACUCCCCUCUCCACAAUACCGCAAGCAACGAGCUUUCAUUGUAUCCGGUGUCAAGACGACCGCCAGCAUUCGGUCCAUCUUCCCCCUUGUCGCCGCUGUACGGCGGCUACACGCUGCACCGACUUUCCGUGCCUUCAAUCUUUCUUCCUCCCUCACACACCCGCGCCCGCAGACGUUGAGCAUCUCCACCGCAAGACCGCAAUUCGAGAUGUCACCAGCUGCAUCGACUCCGACGAGGACAUCGCCUCGCAAGGCAGCCGCCUCCUCCUCGCCUUCCAAGCGACAAUCUUCGACGGCUUCGCCAGCGAUCAAGACUGA